CUUAGCACAACACGAGUGCUCUCGGUGUACCUGAAUUCUGGUGCGUGAUUGUAUUCUCGAUACAGGAAAUGUGUCGAAGGAGAAUAACUGAGGAAGCAGUGGCAGGAGCCAAAUAAAUCACAGAAAACAGCACAGUGCGUGUGUCCAAAGGCGUUCGCAUUUGUACAUCUAUAGAUACACGCGCAGGCAUGAAAUAUUUCACCCGCGUCGAAUGUGCUGUCCUCCUCUCAGCGAUGGGUCCUUGGAUGCUGCUGUACCUCCUCGCCAUUGUGAAAAGUAGCGUCGCAGCAGAUACAGAGGAACGAUUGGUGGAGCACCUCCUCAACCCUGCCCAUUACAACAAAUUGAUCCGCCCGGCGACCAAUGGCUCAGAGCUGGUGACAGUGCAGCUGAUGGUGUCCCUGGCACAGCUGAUAAGUGUGCACGAGAGAGAACAGAUCAUGACUACAAAUGUCUGGUUAACACAGGAAUGGCAGGACUACCGGCUGACAUGGGUCCCAGAGGAGUUUGAUGGGAUGGUGAAGGUCAGACUGCCCUCCAAACACAUUUGGCUGCCUGACGUGGUGCUGUACAACAAUGCUGAUGGGAUGUAUGAAGUGUCCUUCUACUCCAAUGCUGUUGUCUCCUACGAUGGCAGCGUCUUCUGGCUCCCCCCAGCCAUCUACAAGAGCGCCUGCAAGAUCGAGGUCAAGCACUUCCCCUUCGACCAGCAGAACUGCACGCUCCGCUUCCGCUCCUGGACCUACGACCGCACCGAGAUCGACCUGGUCCUGAAGACCGACGUGGCCAGCAUGGACGACUUCACGCCCAGCGGCGAGUGGGACAUCAUCGCCCUCCCGGGCCGCCGCAACGAGAAUCCGGCGGACUCCACCUACGUGGACAUCACCUACGACUUCAUCAUCCGCCGCAAGCCGCUCUUCUACACCAUCAACCUCAUCAUCCCCUGCGUCCUCAUCACCUCGCUGGCCAUCCUGGUCUUCUACCUGCCCUCCGACUGUGGCGAGAAGAUGACCCUCUGCAUCUCUGUGCUCCUGGCCCUCACCGUCUUCCUCCUCCUGAUCUCCAAGAUCGUGCCCCCGACCUCGCUGGACGUCCCGCUGGUGGGCAAGUACCUGAUGUUCACCAUGGUGCUGGUGACCUUCUCUAUCGUGACCAGCGUGUGCGUGCUCAACGUGCACCACCGCUCGCCCACCACCCACACCAUGCCGCCCUGGGUGAAGCUGGUCUUCCUGGACAAGCUGCCCGCCCUGCUCUUCAUGAGGCAGCCCAGGAACAACUGCGAGCGGCAGAGACUGCGGCAGAGGCGCAGGGCCAAGGAGCAGCGGGAAGGGGGGCGGCCGGGGGCGGCCAUGAUGGCGGGGCUGGGCCUGGCCGGGAUCGCCUUCCCCAAAGAGAACGCUGACCCCUGCACCUGCUAUGUGAACCGGGCCUCGGUGAAGCAGUUUGGGGGCGAUCUGGCGGGAGGCGGGAGCGCCUCCACAGAUGGACUGAACGGGCUCAGAGAGGGGAGGGACGGCGGGCCCGCACCCCUCCAGUCCUCGAACCUACCCCGGGGGAAGCAGCAGCCCACAGCCAUCACGCAGGCCCUGCUGGGGCAGGCUGUGCCCGGGUUCGAGGAGGCGGUGGAAGGGGUGCGGUUCAUUGCCAACCACAUGAAGAGCGAGGACGAUGACCAGAGUGUAAGCGAGGACUGGAAGUACGUUGCCAUGGUGAUCGACCGCCUUUUCCUCUGGAUUUUCGUCUUCGUCUGCGUGUUCGGCACGGUGGGCAUGUUCCUGCAGCCCCUCUUCCAGAACUACACCGCCAAGACCUACAUGCCAGGCUGACCCAAGUGCUCCCCGCCGCACAGACGCAGACCGCCCCUCGGCCAGUGUGGAGCGGACCGGGGGGACAAAGGGACGUGGGAGGGACCUGCCUAAAGGGAUUCUUACUCAUCACUGAACUCGGACUUAUUGACCGCAACACCCAGCUCGGUUUAUAUAAACUUGGGGGGAAAAAAAAGAAAAGAAAAGAAAGAAAGCCCAUUCCCUCCCUCUUCCUUUGGAGCGACAACAGCACAAAGCCAAUCAGGGAGAGGAGACACCCUUGUUUACUUCAUUGAGCGCUCUGGCAGUCCAAUUAUGCUCAUCUUCUCAAAGCAGAAAAUGAUAGGAUGACACCAACACAUGCCCCGCCCACAUGCUGCAGGCAACUCCAGGAGAUUUUUGACAGCUGCACAUACAAAUCCAAAAGAGAGAGGGGGAAAAGCAUACUGCAUUUCUCUUUAUUUCUUAAACCACUUCUCCAAAACAACUAAUAUUCUUUAUCAUAGCAUAGAAUAACAUGAUAUAAUACUGAGUAUAUUGUAGCAUUAGGACAUUUUUCUGUGUUAGUAUGUAAGGGAUGUGUUGGUACAGUAGGGGGGGUAUUGAAACAUUAAUUGUACAGUUACAUAAAUGAAACAGGAAUGUGAUAUUAAGUGUACAACUACACAUACACAUUUGUUGUGUACAUAAAGAGAGAGACAUAGUGAAGAUUUUUGAAGAAUGAGGUUUACAAUUUGUGACAGCAAUAAAGGGAUAGAAAUAAAUAUUGCAAAAAUAUGAGCAUAGUUUAGCAAAAAUUGCCUGUACAUUCAGAGUGUGUGUGUAUGUGUGUGU